GAAAUUGAUUCAAUAUUCUUCCAUAAGUACAACCUCAGCUCUUCCGAUUUGAAAGAGAAACCAAGAAGCAACCAAAAAGAAGAAUUGCAAUGGGGAAUUGCUCUCUCAAAUCUGUUUCUGAUGCUGCAAAUCGGGCCGAUUUUAUCCGGAUCAUGACAGAUUCCGGUGAUAUAUUAGAAUUAAAAGGCCCUAAAUUAGUCCGGGAAGUUCUCGAAAACUUUCCGGGAUACAAAAUUUUUGGACAAAAUCAAAUUUCUUCUCCAUUGUUUGAUCAUCAGCAGCUUGUCGAAGGUCAAUUCUACUAUCUCUUACCAAUCAGAGAUGAAAAAAUGAAUCCGUCCAAUGAGCGUGUUGAAGAUUUUGAGGCUGUUACCAGAUUGGGAAAUCGAAGAAAGGGUGUUUGGAGGGUGAAAUUGGUGAUCGAUUCAGACAAGUUAGAGGAUAUUUUAUCAGAGGAAGUGAAUACUGAAGCCUUCAUUGAGCAUAUGAGGAUUGCUGCAAUUGCUACUCCCGGAAGAACAAAAAAGUUACCUGGCCGGUGGUGUUGACAUGAUGGCCGGGGCUGUGGCAUACGGAGGAUACCUAUUUAUUGUACUUGCGUUAUUUGAUGAAUUAAUGUGGUAACGUAGCAUUAACUCUUAUCUUAAUGUAAAAAUAAGUUAUUAAUUAUAAGU